AUGAGCGUCGUGGUGUUCACCGGCACGCUCUCGCAGCCGCGCAAGGACGCAGCGGCCGAGGCCCCGUGUUUCCUGGUCUGCGGGGCCAAAGUGGGCGCCAAGAAGAUGGAGGAGGCGGCUAAGCUGGGCGUCGCGACCCUUACGGAGCAGCAGUGGAGAGAGAAGCUCGCGGCCGCGGACUCCGCAGCGGAUGAGGCGACAGCCGAGGCGGAGGCGAGGGGCUUCCGGGUGCAGCCGAGGAUGACCAAGAUCACCACGUUCCUCGUGUGUGGCGACAAGGCUGGGCAGAAGCUCAAGGAGGCGCAGAAACUCGGAGUGACCGUGCUGACGGAGGGCCAACCGAGCAAGAAGCGAGCAGUGGAGUAUGACGAAGAGACUGGGGCGCUGAAUGGUAUCGAGCCCAAGGUCCUCCUCGUGGACGGGGCGUUUCAUGACGUAAAGAGCGCAUCAGGCUCGAUGUACAUCGUGAAGCGCCUCGGGAGGGUUUACUCGUGCAGCUGUCCGGCGUGGAGGAACCAACGCCACCCACCGACCUCGCGGACGUGCAAGCACCUGAAGGAGCUUCUCGGCGUGGAAUACGAGACUGUACGCGCCCGCGGUUCGGCUACUGCUCCUCGUGGCACAGCCUCUGCGGGUGACAGCGGCAGCUCCAGGGCAGUGGUGAAGACCACGGCCCCAAAGGUGCUGCUGGCCAAGAAAUGGGAGCGCGAGAAGGACGACCCGGUGGGCUGGUGGAUCAGCGAGAAGCUGGACGGCGUGCGCGCCUUCUGGGACUGCAGCAAGAAGAUCUUCCUCUCGCGCUUGGGCAACGAGUUUCCGGCGCCGAGCUGGUUCACUGCCGGGUUCCCAGACGACGUGCAUCUGGACGGCGAGCUCUUCGGAGGGCGGGGCGCUUUCCAGUUCACAGAGAAGCUCGUGUACAAAGUGUUCGAUGCUCCGAGCCUCAAGACGAAGCAGUUCGAGGAGCGCAUGGCGCACGCCAAGGGCGUAGUGGACAAGGCAUCGUCCAAGUACAUCAAGUGGGUGGAGCACACCAAGUGCGAGUCGCUCGCGCACCUGGACCGAGUCUUCAACAAGAUUGAGAAGCUUGGGGGCGAAGGGCUCAUGAUCCGCGAGCCGGGCAGCAACUUCCACGACGGCGAGGUCGAGGUGCUCGCGUACGAGGACGGCGAGGGCAAGUACGUGGGCAUGGUGGGCGCGCUGCGCUGCCGCAUGGCCAGCGGUAAGAUGUUCAAGGUGGCCAGCGGGCUCUCGGACGCGCAGCGCGACAAACCGCCCGCCAUCGGUAGCAUCGUCGUGUACAAGUGCCAGGAGCUCACGAACGACGGCAUCCCGCGUUUCCCCGUGUUCGUGGGACUCGCGGCCGACAAGAGCCGCCCCAAGGACCCGGUCAUCGCCAACGCCCUGGACCAGGACGCAUGA